CCCAACAAUAUGGAUAUGUACAGAUUUUGAGAGUGGAAAAGGUUAAAGGGAAAAUAUAAAAGUAACACAUAUGUUUUGGACUUUUAUUACCCAGUAUGCCAUAGUUGAGACAAUAGAUGGUCCAAACAAAUACAGUGGAGCGUCAGCGGUGCUUAGUGUACACCAACCAGGUGUCAGGGGUAAACAAUAUAGUGCAGGGCGAAUGAUGAUUCAAAAUGGGCCUGAUAGCUUACAAGUCGGGUGGAGGGUGGAUCCAACUCUGUUUGGUGACUCAAGUAGUCGACUAUUCAUAUAUACGAAUGCAGGUCAAUCUCAUUGUUUCAAUACAAAUUGUCCUGGAUUUGUGAUUGUGGACACAGAUAUACCUCUUGGUUCAGUAAUUGAAGAGGUCUCUAUACCUGGAGAGACACCAAUUGAGUUGGAAAUCCACAUCUUGCAGGACCUAGUUAAUGGAAACUGGUGGCUUGGAGUUGCGAAUACCAAUGUUGGAUUUUGGCCAAAGAGCAUACUUGGCGGCGGAUUAGCAAACUUAGCUUCACAUGCUGAAUGGGGAGGAGAGGUAUUUAGCCCACCGGGCAUCCCUAAACCCGCAAUGGGGGGAGGUCAAUUUCUAAUUGGGAGCACCCGAUAUGAUGCAUACUUCAGGACUAUUGCACUUAAGAGUCCAAGUGGAGGGGAUAUAAAUCCUCAUACAUACGAGUUUACAAACAGUAGAAAACUAUAUGAUGUGAAAGAUGAAGAAAACAAGGGGGUUUACUUUGGGCAUCUGGUACUAUAUGGGGGCCCUGCAGGUUCCUAGAAGGAGAACACAAAUUUGGUACUUUUAAAACUUUAUUUUGGCAUGGAUUAAUAAUGUAAAGCUGACCACCCCUUGUCCUUCUAUAUAUAUAUAAUUGCAUGUGUUUUGCAAAACUUUUAUUAAGGCUCAAGUGCUAUUGUUUAUGGUUGGGGUGAUGCACAAUCCAAUCCUUUUAGC